UUGGGAACAGCCCCUGGACAUGAGCUGGUGGGUGUGAACAGACAGAAAUGAGCGUGAGUCUGAGUUAUUGCUCAGUCAUUGCCACUCACAGGCUUGUUACACAUUUAACAAAGGAGCUGACAGAAAACCACUAGUAGAAAGACAAAAUUUCAGGAAAACAUUCAGUGAUUCACGCACCAAAGUUUGAAGUGAUUUCAAAUUUCCGCUCAACACAAAUGUGGUGAUCUAUUAAUUUUCCUAUGUCACAUGGGAAAAACUACGCCAUCUUCAAAGAUGAAUGUUACACGUGGCAGCAAAGUAACUGCAUUCGUCCAUGCCAACUCUUAAACUGUCGUGGUUCUGUUCGCCGAUUUUGCAACGAGCAUCCGAGCUCCAAAUCUUCUCUCAAACUUUGAACUCUUAAACUGCUCGCAAGUUCUGGAACUCGCAGGAAGUUAAAGAAGAAAGAAAAUGGUAUGCCGUCCUGUUUUAAAGGAUCAGCCUUCCUGGAUGAAGAAAGGGACAAGAAAUGGAAAAUGAAAUCUUCAACUUUGUUGAACCUUCAGAACUUCAAACUUACCACAGUGGUUCAUUUGUUUGCUCUGUGUGAAUCAUUGCUCACUGUACCUGAUACAAUCACCAAUGCCACAACAGGAGAAAAGGUCCUGUUUCCUUUGCAGUACCAAGGCAGCGAUCAGUAUGAUGUAACCUUUAGUUUGAGAUUUCCACUAAGUUUUAAAAUUUCCACAUGGAAGUCCAGCAAUCCAGAGAAAUUGCACAUUGUGCACCCACUGUACAGGUACAGAGUUAAAAUCCAUGCAAGUUUUGUGGUGCUUUAUAAUGUACAAGUUAAUGACACCGGUGAAUAUGAAAUACACAUUGACUACUUUGGAACAGAACUGAAAAACCGUGAUCAAAGUAUUUUCAGGAUCCAAGUAUUUGAACCAGUUUCCCAGCCCCUGAUAAAGAUUCAUGACAACUGUGUGAAUUCGCCAAAUAUCACUUUGAGCUGCUCUGUCUCCAAAGGAACUAAUGUCACAAUUUACUGGGAAAAGAUGUCCUUGUCUGGGGUUUGCAGCAAAAUACAUGCUCGAGAAGCACUUGUGAUCGACUGUGUGAGUGAAAAGGAACAACAUGAGUACAGAUGUAUAGCAGAAAACCCAGUCAGUAAUGCAACCAGCAACCAAGUCACUUUCGACCUACGUGAAGGAAUCAAUCUCAAGGGUAAAAGAAAUCAUUUUGUGGUCCUGAUUUCUGUGGUGAUGGUAGUUCUGGUUUCAACCAUUGUUUACCGCUGGAAUGUUUUCCAUUGUAAAACUGGGUCAAGUAACAGAUCACCAAGUGACGACCUCACGUAAAUUGGUUAUCUCCAACAGUUUUCAGUGUGAUGUAAUAAGAUUCACAUAAAUCAUGAUGAUGUAACUUAUCAACAGACGAUCUAACAGUAAUAUGGAAGAUACCAGUCUAGAAAAAGCAUGUGGAGAGAGAGGUCUUAGACACUAUAUUCGAGAACUUACUACGUACAGAGAUAAGUAAAGGAGUGACAAAAGAAUUUGAAGACCCUUAUUUAGUGUUCAAGGAACAAGAAACCUCAGGGACCAUAUACGUGCAGACACCUAUAACUCAAGCUACUCCAGACCAGUAUCUCAAUGUGCAGAUGGUAGUAUUGCCUUAAAGCAGGAAAAAAGCACUGAGUAGAACUUAUUCAUCUGAAGUUGGAGAUCCUCCUGAGAAACUAACUCUGCAAAAAUUAGAAUGUCGCUAAGUAGUAUGUCAAAUUAAACUUCUGGUUUGGUAUUUCCUGAAAUGCACUCCCAGAAUAUGUUCAUGAUAUUAAAAAAAUUGCAGCUCACUUCAAAAAAUGUCAAACAUUCUUGCGCACAGUAUCUGGUAAGCAUUUUAAAGUUGUUACGACAUUCAUAACUUUAUCUGCAUUAUUGUAAUAUACGUAUCUACUUUUCAGUUGAUACUGCAGUUUAUAUAAUAGGCAACAAAAGUAAUAUGUAAAGUACAUGUAAAGUGGUUCAACACUGCCAUUCAAGAAAAAUAAUAGCACACUGAAAUAGGUCAAUUGUUCAAACUUGUCUGUGUAAGUAUUUAUGCUGAAAUCCACAUGAAAUCUCACCCAAGCAACACAUUUCUAUUCCUUUCUCCCUUGUGUUCCUCUUAAGUGCUACUCACAUGAACCUCACAACACCUAGCAGAUUUCACAUUCUCACCACACCAAGGAGUGAAAUUAAAUAAAUCAAACUAUCUUCUUCAUAUAGAGCUGCCUUAAUAAUAUUUUCCUUUAUUUCACACAUUUGUUAUAAGGUAUUACCUACAAGCUUGGGUCCGCCUUCAAUACCUUUGUGGUUUCAGUAGCAGCUAUAUAAGAUGUCCAAUUAUUUGACUUCUUAUAAGAAAUGAAUCAUACUGCCAUUGCGUAAUGGAGCAAUGCAAAUGGAAUAAUAACACUCCCUUGUGAUCUGGGUUAUAUAUUUGUGCCUGUAGCUCACAAGCUUCUUCAAAAUUGGACUAAGCAAGCACUUGAGAAGUUCAAAUAUUUUGCAGAUUCAUCUCUCAGAAAGUCAAAACUUGAAACAAAGGCAACUUUUUAAAAAUUGUAUGUCCUAACAUUAGCAGCAUAAAAAUGUAUUUCUUAUUUUGAACUUUCAACAAAGUUUGUUUCAUUAUCAUUUAUAUUGUUUGUAUUUUCAGGUUUGUAAUGUGUUAAUAUUGUAAUGUUACUUUGCACCAUAUUGGCUUUCACAUGGAAUUGCUUAUAAUUCAGAAGGUAUUGUUUUAUAAUAAUGAGUGCAGUGCACAGUGUUUUAAUCUACUGCUAAGACAGUUAUAUGGUUACACCUGUCCUUUUAAAGGAGCAAAGCUGAAAUGUUAUAAAGAAGGAUUAUUUUAGAUAACAGUUCAUAAAAUUUCAGUGUCUAAAAUGCUGCCAAUUUUAUUGAAAACCGCAUUUUUAAUUCUUUGAUAGCGGGUGUGUGAAAGAAAUGUAUUGGCUGCAUCACCUUUUACUCAUAUUGACGAAUUCAAUUUUGAGGUAUGUUAUUUAAUCUAUAUAACCUAUUGUUUUACAACCUUAAACUUUCAUUUUAAACAAAAUAAAAUAUUGGUCACUAUUUUCUUCUUAA